AAUGAAUUAGGCAGUAAAGCAAACAAUUGAACAAGUUUCUCAGUUGGAUGGUCUCGUCCUUUUCAUUAUCGAUUCAUGUUUUUGCAUACAUGGGGAAUUGUUACAACAUGGACAGCAUACGCAUUACGAUGGAUUAGCUGUUGACAUAAACAUAAAUCUAUUGUUAACUUUGAAAUUUCAGUUCUACCUCUUACACCAUAGUGAAAAGAUGGUUGAUAUUGAUACUGAGGUGCAGCUUUUCAGAUAUUUGGGGUCUUGAUUUCGAUGACUGCAAGUAUAAAUAUAUAUGUAUUUUGGAAUAUUGGGCGUCAUAUUGCGAAAGUAAAGACUAAUAAAAGUAGGAAGAGUUGAUUUCUCUCUCAAGUGAUGGCAGCAGUUGGCGGAGGUGGGCUGAGUUUGGGCCAUUGUUCCAAGGAUGGAGCAGAAUCGGUCAGAAUUGCUUCUCCUCAUCAAGUUUCCACUACCGGACGGUGUCUUCGGUUUCGCCCCCAUGGGCGGCGGCGGGUGUGUUCUGAGUCGUCGUCAAUGGAUGGGUGCCGGGGGGAGCCCGAAGUGCCAGUCGGAACAAUCGAGACACGGAAUCUAGCGGCAGCUCCGACGGCGAAAUUGGCGAUGGAGAGUCUGAGGGCGGGGGUGUGGAAGUUGAAAUCGGAGGCACCGCCGGCGUUUGGUUCAGGGAUUGUUCGGCUCCAAGUGCCAAUUCAACAGCAAAUUCAAGCAAUUGAUUGGCUUCGUUCUCAGCCCCAGAUUCUUCCCCGCACCUUCUUCUCCGGCAGAAGCAGAACCCUCGCUUCUGGCCCUCUCUCCGCCGACAGCAUUUACAAUGGCCACCAUCCCUUCAACCACCACCGCCUCGUCAGCGUCGCCGGUGUGGGCUCUGCCGUCGUCUUCUGUCGCCUUCAUCAGUUUUCAUACACCGAUUGGACGUCCAUAAAGAGGUUCCUGUCAAAGAAAUGCCCCUUGAUUCGUGCUUACGGAGCUAUUCGCUUUGAUGCACGGGCCAACGUAUCGUCUGAGUGGGAGCCGUUUGGCUCGUUUUACUUCAUGGUCCCUCAGGUUGAGUUUGAUGAAUUCGAAGGAAAUUCGAUGCUCGCUGCUACGGUUGCUUGGGAUCAUGCCUGUUCUUGGACUUGGGAAAAUGCUGUUGAAUCCCUUCAAUCGACAAUCCGACAGGUUUCUUCUAAUAUUGUCAAACUACAACGAGAUCUUCCAGAGGUAUUCAUACUUAGGCACAAUCACGUUCCCAGCAAAACAUACUGGGAUCUUGCAAUUCACAGAGCCUUGCAAAUGAUUGACAGAAGCAACUCAGAACUCACGAAGGUUGUACUUGCACGUAGUACCCGAAUAGUGACGAGUGUCGAUAUUGAUCCUGUUGCAUGGGUAGCAUGUUUACAGGUAGCCUAUAUGAUGGUAGAGGGAAAAAACUCUUAUCAGUUUUGUAUCCAGCCAUCUAAUGCUCCAGCCUUCAUAGGUAGCACGCCUGAGCGACUAUUCCAUAGAGAAGGACUUAGCAUUAGAAGUGAAGCCUUGGCUGCAACUCGUGCGAGGGGCAGAUCAGCCAUUGAAGACCUUAAAAUAGAAAAUGAUUUGCUUUCCAACCCAAAGGAUGACCUCGAGUUUUCUAUUGUGCGGGAAACCAUGAAGAAGAAGUUAGAGGCUGUAUGCGAUGCAAUAAUUGUUGAACCACAUAAAGCAGUACGAAAACUUCCAAGAAUACAACAUUUGUAUGCCCAACUGGCAGGCAGGCUGAAAAGCGAGGAGGAUGAGUUUGAAAUUUUAUCAACACUUCAUCCAACUCCCGCCGUUUGUGGAUUGCCAACAGAAGAGGCUCGACACUUAAUUGCAGAAACUGAAAUAUUUGAUAGGGGGAUGUACGCUGGGCCUGUUGGUUGGUUUGGAGGAGGACAGAGUGAGUUUGCUGUGGGCAUCAGAUCAGCAUUAGUGGAGAAAGGUCUUGGUGCCUUGAUCUAUGCCGGAACAGGGAUAGUAAAAGGAAGCGAUCCGUCUUCAGAGUGGGAUGAACUGGAGCUCAAAAUAUCUCAGGUCACCAGGUCGCUUAAUCUAGAAGUGGCACAAGCACCCAAAAUUGAUUGGUGAAACAAGAAACAACGAACAAUGAUUAGAUUUGCAUGAGUUUUGGGUAAAAGAUCUGAAGAAGUUCUGCAGGUAUCUAGUGAGUGACACUAAGCCUCUAUCUAUAAGCUUUCUUUUCAGCUUCCUGCCCGCGAUGCCUCGUUGGUCAGGAAAUGGCUCAUUGGUUAAAGCUUCGGCUGUUUAAAUCACCAGGCCAGAUACAUAUUCAUAUAUUUCGAUUGCUGCUUGGUUGAAAUAAUCGAAUGUUGUAGGCCAAAGAUUCAGUUUGUAGUUGAAAAUUCCUUUUUGGGCCAAUUUUGUCUCAAACAAAACAAUCGAGUCAAGGGUGUUCAGAAAAACUGUCGAAAGUUAAUUGUAUGAAUAAUCUGGAGAGGAAUAAUCUUUGCAACAUCUUGUACAAGAGACCGUGACCAAUCAAUUAAACUAAAAACAGACCUUGUGAGA